AUGGCAAAAGCUUCAGCCACAAGAUGCAGUCUUUUCCAGACUCUUAGCCUUUUCGUUCUACUGGGCUAUCUGGAAGCCACCGUGCUGGCCGGUGCACACUAUCUCAAAUGCGCCUUCAUUGUCAAGUCUCAUCCCGAACAUGGAGAGAAAGGUUGGGAAGUGCAGUGCUCAGUGAAUGGAGUGCUUUUGCUUCUGUAUGGUAACCCAGGAGAGGAGGUCAAUGCUUCUAAGGGAUGUGCAGAUUUGUACCCAAAGCUAAAGGACAUUGGAGAAGAGUUGAGGAACCAGCUACUUGACAUGGAAAACGAGGCAGUCCUGAGCAGGGAUAAUCACAACUUGCAGGCAACCAUGUUAUCUCAGAAUACACCAGGACAACUCACUCACAGCUCCUGGAACUUCACCAUUGACAACCAGUAUUCCUUCUGCUUCGAUCGCUUUAAUCGAGAGAAGAAGAGAUGGGAAGUGACUAACUAUAAUGCCACAGGUAUCGAAGAAAAAUGGAAGAAUAAUGCAGAAUUAGCACAAGAUCUAGCAACACUCUCCAUGGGAGAUUCUCAUCUCUGCCUCCAAGAAGUCUUAAAGGACUGGAAGGAAACGCCAAGACCAACAGCAAGAACCCCAAAUAUCACAGACGUUGCCUCUGCCAUCCAGCCUCCACCUACCAGGCAGCUUCACAAUAACAAAAAGGCUAUCGCCAUAGCAGUACCCAUUGCCAUCAUCCACUUUGGUAUUAUUAUAUGGAUUAGCAUUUACAUUUGCAAGAAUGUGAAGGGGGAAUGUCAUCUCCAAGGAGGAGAGAGCUUGAACCACACAUGUUUGAGCUUGGUUUCCCGAAUUCGGGGAAAUCGCAGUGCAAUGGGUGAACCUCCCCCUGGGAAUACCACCAGCAUGAUCGUGAGGUCUCCCCUGCUAGACUAUGGCCAUGAGGAGAUCGGCCGUUCCCUGCUCCUUGUAUAA